GGCGCGGGGAGCGGCCUCUCCGGUCUCCUGGCUGGUUGAGCAUGGACCCGGUUGCCACUCACAGCUGCCAUCUCCUCCAGCAGCUGCAGGAGCAGCGCAUUCAAGGCCUGCUCUGUGACUGCAUGUUGGUCGUAAAAGGAGUGUGCUUUAAAGCACAUAAGAAUGUUCUAGCAGCUUUCAGUCAGUAUUUUAGGAGCCUCUUUCAGAACUCUUCAGGCCAAAAAAGUGAUGUUUUUCACUUGGAUAUUAAAAAUGUAAGCGGCAUUGGUCAGAUCUUGGACUUCAUGUACACAUCUCAUCUAGAUCUUAACCAGGACAAUAUACAAGUAAUGCUGGACAUAGCACAGUGUUUGCAAGUUCAAAAUGUUCUGAAUCUGUGUCACACGUUUUUAAAAUCAACCACUGUGGAGCAGCCACCUGGUGUGUCUUGUAAUAAUGCAUUCUCCCUGCAGAGCGCUCUGACUGCUGAUGCUAACUGUGUCAUAAAUGAAAACUACCCUCCUCAUUUGCUGCAGCAAGAGUGUCCUGCGGAUAUUCCACAGAGUAAAGUUGUGGAUGAACCACAUACUCAUACUCCAUCAUCCGUUAAUCUCCAUCACUCUGCAGGUGAAGCAUCCAAACAAGCACCCGACACACUGGAUGGCAACUGUGCAGAACUGCCUUUCAGACAGCCAAGUUACUACUACAAACUCAGAAACUUCUACAGUAAGCAGUACUCUAAACAGCCUGCAUGUCCCAGUCACGAGAGAGUCAGCGAGCAGCCCUUCACUUUCAGCACGUCCACAGACCUCAGUGCCGGGGAAAACCAGCCCUGUGCCGGCAGUCAUCCCGAAUGUGUCCUGGAGUCUUCAGAGCACUUGCCUUCCCACUUCUUGGCCCAGCCGUUGAGUGAAUCUGCCCCAGAUCCUGAGUCGGACAACACGUGCCAACUACCAACCAGACAAAUGAGGCUCAAAAAGGCCAUUCACCUUAAGAAGUUGAAUUUCCUUAAGUCACAGAAAUGUGCAGAGCAGACACCCGAAGCCAAGACGGAUGACGAUUCAACAAAGAGGAUAGAAUGUGCUAGCACAGAUACUGUAGAGAAAGCUAGCAGCCACAGUGCUGGAGAGAAAGAAGUUGAGGAACUGGUGAGUUCGGAGCAAUUUAACUGCAUGAACGAAAUGGAGAGGCCCGAAGAGCCUGCCGCACUGGAGGAGCAGUCCCAGAUGCUUCAGUCACAGAGACAGUACACGUGCGAAUUGUGUGGAAAACCAUUUAAACACCCCAGCAAUCUGGAGCUUCACAAACGGUCUCAUACAGGUGAGAAACCUUUUGAAUGUAACAUUUGUGGGAAACAUUUCUCUCAGGCAGGUAACUUGCAGACUCACCUACGUCGGCAUUCUGGUGAAAAACCAUAUAUCUGCGAAAUCUGUGGAAAGAGGUUUGCAGCUUCUGGUGAUGUCCAGCGUCACAUCAUCAUCCACUCGGGGGAGAAGCCACACUUGUGUGACAUCUGCGGCCGAGGGUUCAGUAACUUCAGUAAUUUGAAGGAGCACAAAAAGACACACACAGCCGAUAAAGUCUUCACCUGUGACGAAUGCGGCAAGUCCUUCAACAUGCAGAGGAAGCUGGUCAAGCACCGAAUUCGGCACACGGGGGAGCGGCCCUACAGCUGUUCUGCCUGUGGAAAAUGUUUUGGGGGAUCUGGCGACCUGCGCAGGCACGUGCGCACUCAUACCGGGGAGAAGCCGUACACGUGUGAGAUCUGCAGCAAGUGCUUCACGCGCUCAGCAGUGCUCCGGCGCCAUGAGAAGAUGCACUGCAGGGCGAGCGCAGGCCGGGACGCGCUGCAUGAGCUCACUCAGGCCCUUGAGACCCCCGACCUGGAGAAAUCUCAAGGCUCAGAUCCUUUUGCCCAAGAUGUGUCCGUGACCUUGAUGCCCGUGUCAGUCAAGCUCCCCGUUCACCCCGUGGAAGACUCAGUGACAGAGUUUGACGGCCAUGCCACCAGUUCCUACUGCAAGUUCCGGCCGAUGGUUCAGCCUCACGCAGGCAGUGAGCCAGAGAAGCUCAGUCUGGAUCCUGGCAGGCGUGCCAAGCCCCCGCCGCAGCCAGCACAACAUCAGGCAUAUGCUUACCCCGACGUGGCCACUGCGGCCGGCGACCAGCCACUGCAGGCCGACAGCCUAUCCCUGGGCCGCUCGUCUCUGGCCGCCCUGGACAAUCACUGUGGUGAUGCGCCAGGCAGCCGCGGGCCUGCCACGCCGUACAGGAACUCCGAAGGGCAGUUCUUCUCUAGCAUGACCCUCUGGGGGCUGGCCAUGAAGACGCUGCAGAAUGAAAACGAGUUGGACCAGUGAUGUCUGGCGGUGGCAUUCUCUGAGCCCAGUGGACUAGUAUCCGCGCUUUGGGGGAGAGCAUUUUUUCCAUGGCAACCCUUUCUGACCAGCCCAAGAGGAGUUGGACCAUCACUGUGCAGGUGGUAACAGAACUGGAAGCAAGCAGAGCCCCAGGAUUUGGGACGGAGGCUUGGCAGCAACUCGUGCAGGAGGGGAGGAGUGGACAGCCCGAGAAACCAUCCCACUGACCUUGGCUGGCACGACAGUGCACGCAUUAGGUCAACUGCUGUCCAUUUCAGGCACGCUAAAGGGAAAAAAACAUAUCUAGUAAUAUAAAUAUUUUUGCAUUUUUUACAUUGAAAUUUGUACGGUUUGUAUUUUUAUUUACACAAAAAUUUUAUUUGUAUAUGAA